CUUGUACCAAGUAUCAACAACAGCAGAAAUGAAAUUUUCAUGGUUCGUAUUUGUGCUCUAUUUCAUCAUGUCGUUAUUUAGAACGAUGGCGGUGGGUGGAGAAAAUUUUCCCAAAAGUAUCAUCAUGGAAGCGAAUGACCUUAGUAAUACCAACGGAAAUUUCAAAGCGUUCCUGCAUCAGAGAGAAGAAAGUCAGAAAGACAGAUGCGCAAUCGAAUACAAAAUAACGAAGAAGGUUAUUGGCAAGUGCAUUAAAUUGGGUAAAAGUGCAAAGGCUUGUGUCGCGGGGAAGUCCAUGGAUCUAUUCAACACCGAUUGUAUGUGAAAACCGGCGGACAUACGUGAUGUUAAUGAAAGCGAAAAUGUUUU